CUCCGCGGUGAUUCUGGAGCAGCUCCCCGCGCGCACUGCCUCAUGGUCCGGCUCCAGAGUGGAUCCAGAGCCGGGGAUGUGGACGGGACUCACCUGAGCGCGCGGACACGUCGGAACAAACUACAACUUUAAACAUUUCCUUUGGAUUUAUCGCGCCUCCGGGUGAACAUGGAUGCGCUGUGGACUCUGCGUCUGUGCGUCUGGGCAUGUUUUUACGCAGUGGCGCUUGGGAAUCCGAACAAAUGUGAUGAAGUGCGCAAAGUUUUUCAGCUCAGACAGAUUGGACCGAGUCAGCUGCUGCCGCUGAACCCCAGACCAGGUUCAGAUCUUCAGGUUUGCUCGUCCAAAAACUUGACCUGCUGCACUAAAAAGAUGGAGGAGAGAUACCAGAUGGCGGCGAAGCGGGACGUCCAGAAUCUGCUGCAGAUGUCGAGCUCCAGCCUGAAGUUUCUCAUCUCCAGAAACGUGGCGGCGUUUCAAGAGAUCUUUGAGCAGCUGAUGAAUCAGGCUGAAAACCGCACCAUGUCAGCGCUGAGGGAGUCGUAUCGGAACGUGGCGGACCGCGCCGCGGAGCCCGUCCAGGAACUCUUCACCGACAUCGGCCUGCACUUACUCGGGUCUGAACUGGACGUGGACGACUCGGUGCGGCGCUUCUUUGACUCGCUGUUUCCGCUCGUCUACGAGCGUCUGAUCGACCCGGGCCUCGGCGACGUCUCCCCGGCGUACGGCGAGUGUUUGAGAGGAGCGAGGAGGGAGGUCAGACCGUUCGGACAGGCGCCUCACGUUCUGACCGACCACAUCUCGCGCUCGGGGACGUCGGGGAAACUCCUCCUCCAGGCGCUGCAUCUCGGGAUCGAGGUCAUCAACACCACAGACCAUCUCCAACUGAGCCGAGAGUGUAGACGAGGACUCCUCAAGAUGUCCUACUGUCCACACUGUCAGGGUCUGACCGAGUCCAGGCCGUGCAUGGGCUACUGCCUCAACGUCAUGAGGGGGUGUCUGGCCAGUCUGGCAGAGAUCGACGUUCACUGGAGGGAGUUUGUGCGCUCGCUGGAGGGGCUGUGCUCCAGGAUGCAGGGCCCCCAGGACCUGGAGCAAGUGCUGCUGGGAGUUCACACGCUGCUGCACGAGGCCGUGGGGAACGCACAGAAGAACGGGCCUCGCAUCAGCACCCAGGUUCACAAACUGUGCGGUCGUCCAAACAGAAGAGCGUCUCAGUCUGUGAGCAUCAGCGCGGCGAAGGAUCCACUGCCCCUCAGAGCGGCGCCGCGGCUCACGAGCGACUCUCUCGCACAGAGGAAAAAAGAUUUCCUGAGCGGGCUGCGUUUCUACCGGACGUACUACGGCGGCCUGGCGGAUCAGCUGUGCGUGAGCGACCUGUCCCGAAGCGACGGGACGCCCUGCUGGAACGGGACCCACAUCGUCCACAGCUACACGCUCCGAGUCGUGGGCAGCGGCGUCAAAGCUCAGAGCAGCAACCCGGAGGUGAAAGUGAAAGAAGCCGACCCCGUUAUAAACCAGAUUAUCGACAAACUCAAGCACAUCAAUCAGCUCCUCCAGGGAAAGUCCAUCCCUAAACUGGGCACUUUGGACCAGAUCGAAACAGGAAGCGGCGACUCGGAGGGGCGGUACAGCGGCGACUGUGACGAUGAGGACGGCUGCGGCGGGUCAGGAGGAGGAGAGGUCAAGAGGAAACACUCCAGAGUCUCUAAAACGAGUCCAGAUGUGUCCAGCGAUCAGGACGCUCAUCACGGUCGUCAUCAUCAUUCCCCAUCUGCCAACGACCUGGGCGUGAAGAGCUCGUGUCGGAGCGUGGCGCUGACGGAGGCCAUCUUUGUGCUGCUGCUGCCCUGUUUACACACACUCCUGGCUUUGUAACUACUGCCUUUUGACAUAAACCGUCUCCGAAACCUGUUCUCAAGCCCGUUUUUGGACUUUAUCGGCUUGAUUAUCGGAGAAAGACGAGGCGCUUCAACCUGAACGGACUCGACAGACAGACCGCUAUAAAGAACUUGACAUUAUUUUGUAUUAGACGUCGCAAAAGUAAAAUAUUUAUAUGUGCUAAUACCAUGAUUUAGUCGACUGGAAAAGGUGAGUUUGAUUUUAAUUUAAUUGUUUUGAUGUGUACAUAAAGCACUGUUACUACACUGUAAUGUUUGGGACAAUUUUCUGAAUCGACUUUGUUCAUGCGAAAUUACUCCUGAUUAUUUGUGUUUUGCUGGACAGAUUUAACUUAUUAGUGAGAUCCCAGGUGGAAAGGACAGAGUCUGCGUCUUUUUUUAGGUUAACCACGUGUUUCCAGAUGAACUUCAGCACAUCUACGUCUGCU